ACACACUGACUUCAGUCUAUUAUAUCAUAAUAGUAACUACGAUAGUAUGAUGUUCCACUUACAAAUCUCGCAGGAUUUUCUGACAUCAGCUGCGUCAGUCAGAUCCUGUCAUGGCGCGUGUUGACACGCCGCCCCAAACAGUAUCAAUAAAACCGAAAAGUGCUAACCUCUGCAAAUUCUCCUCGCUUAUACUAUUAACGACGUUUUUUACGAUAGCGUAUUUUAUAUCGAAGAGACCGUUGGAUACUUUAGGCGAUCCAUCCGAUCAGUUCACGGUUAAAAACGUGCCAAGUUACACGAAGUUGGAAGGUUUGGAUCCUGAAGAAAGGGAGGUGUUUGAAGGUUUCAGAACGUCCUUUAUUCCACCUGAGGAAAUUAUACUUUCUCGGAGGGAUCUGAGUCGCAAGUCGCUGUAUGAAGGGAAUGUUUCAAGCGAUGUAUUAAUUUGGGAUAAAGAACAACGCCCACCGGGUAGAGUUAAACGAAGAAGCCGGUACAGCUUCACUUCGCAAGAUUAUGAUUACACAAACCAGAAACCUUAUAAAGGAACUGAUGAGGGUAACGAACCAGACCUGGGAGAAGAUGAAGAGGAAGAUGUUGCUGAAACGGAAUACGAUAGCAAUUCCCACGAGCAAGAUGAUGAUGAAAGAAACUUACACAGCAUCGUGCAUCCAGAAAUAUACGUCGAUCGAGGCCCACUAGACGAUGUCGAACAAGUCCGUCGCCAACCUGAACUUGAGGAAGGGGAAAUGGGCUCAGCAGCUCACGUGUACAAACCUAUCAAAUCUUACACUGGUAAAGGUAUACACGCUUUUUGGAAAGGUCAAGGAGACAGGGAAACAAUUAGACAAACUCAAGCAGACAUAAUGAAGCAAUACAUGGACGUUGGAGCGGAUCCUUGUCACGACUUUUAUCAGUACGCUUGUGGAAAUUGGCCAACACUUAAUCCUAUUCCAGCUGAUAAGGCUGGCUACGACACUUUUGAAAUGUUGAGAGAGAAUUUGGACACUGUUUUAAAAGAUCUAUUAGAAUUCAAGAAAAAUGAACACGUAACAACUGCAUAUCCAGGACCACAUUUAGAUGCGAAGGAUAGCUUUUUGACUAUGAUGCACCAUUCUAUAUGUCCUACCAAAACACAUGAAGAAGACUUUGAUGUUGUAAUAAUUAACACUGAUGAAUUUGAUAAUUUAACAGAGUUCAAUAAAAAUUAUGAUUUAAAUAAUACAAAAGAGGUUAAGUCGGAAAUAAUAAACCGCAUACGUAGAUAUUUGGAUAAAAAGGCCAAAACAUUAAUGAAACCAUCAAAGAUGAAACACAAAUUUCACGAGUAUUUAUCAAAGAACGAACACAAAAAGAAUCAUUUGAACAAACAUAGAAAAUACCUUAUGAAUACUCAUAAAAAUAAUAAUGAAAGCUCUAUUAAAAAACGUUCAAUUAAUUCAAGUAAAAACAGUAAAAAUAAGAAAUCAUUUUUCAAAAGAUUAAAAAGAAUAGGACCCGUAGGAACAAUGAUUUUAAAAGUUCAGCAAACUGCUGAAACACUUGAGGACGAUACAACAAAUGAUGCAGCAUUAAAAGCGAGAUUUCUCUUCAAAUCCUGUAUGAAUCAUGACAUUUUGAAAAGAAGAGGACAUCAACCACUUUUAGAUUUAUUAGACUUACUAGGCGGAUGGCCAAUUUUGAAAAGUGGAUGGACUGGGAAAGAUUUCGAUUGGCUAGAACUUAUGGCUAAGCUUAGAUUGUACAAUAACGAUAUUUUGAUAUCAGAAUGGGUGGGUCCUGAUAUCAAAAAUUCUGAUGAAUUUGUUAUUCAAUUCGAUCAAACGAGCUUAGGUUUACCAACUAGAGAUUACUUCCUUCAAGAAUCUAACAAAGCUUACCUGGAAGCUUAUAAAGAGUACUUAAUAAAAAUAGCUCUAUUGCUCGGUGGUGAAAUCGAACACGUAAAAGCAAGCGCAGAUAAUAUAAUCAACUUUGAAAUCCAAUUAGCCAAAAUAACUUCAGCACCAGAAGACCGGCGGAAUGUAUCAGAACUCUACCGACGUAUGAGUCUGACAAAGUUAGAAGGAUUGGUUCCACAAAUACAUUGGAGAAGAUAUCUAUGCAUUGUUAUGAAUAGAACAGUUCACUCUCAAGAAACUGUAGUACUAUUCGCACUUAAUUAUGUUAGACACUUAGUUCAAUUGAUAGAAGAGACGGAUCAUAGCACUUUAUCAAAUUACCUGCUGUGGCGAUUUGUGAGGCACCGAGUGAACAACCUGGAUGAUCGCUUCCAAUCUGCCAAACAAAAAUUCUAUUACAUUCUAUUUGGCCGAGAACAAGCGCCGCCAAGAUGGAAGAACUGCAUAUCGCAAAUAAAUUCCAACAUGGGAAUGGCCUUAGGCUCAAUGUUCGUACGAAAAUACUUCGACGAGAUGAGCAAAAAUGACACAAUGACUAUGACUACAGAAAUCCAACAGGCUUUCAGAGAACUGCUCCAUAUGACAACCUGGAUAGACGACGAAACGAAAAAACUUGCGGCACAUAAAGUAGAUUCAAUGAUGUUAAGGAUUGGCUACCCAGAUUUUAUAUUGAACAAACAUGAACUGGAUGAGAGAUACAAAGAAGUGAAGAUUCAUCCGGAUAAAUAUUUCGAGAACAUAUUGAAUAUUCUUCAGCAUUUGACUAAAAUGGAACAGUCACGUAUUGGCCAGCCCGUGAACAAAACUUUAUGGAACACAGCACCAGCAGUCGUCAACGCCUACUACAGCCGCAACAAGAAUCAGAUCAUGUUUCCAGCAGGCAUCUUACAACCUCCUUUUUAUCACAGGCAUUUUCCUAGAUCUUUGAACUUUGGAGGAAUAGGCGUUGUCAUUGGCCAUGAAAUCACGCACGGGUUUGAUGACAAAGGUCGCCUGUUUGACUGUGAGGGCAACCUUCACCGCUGGUGGUCCGACAUCGCGAUAGAGGCGUUCCACCACCGCGCCCAGUGCCUUAUCGAUCAAUACGGCCAGUACAUUGUGCCUGAGGUCAAUAUGAAACUAGAUGGAGUAAAUACACAGGGUGAAAACAUAGCAGACAACGGUGGAGUGAAGCAAGCGUUCCACGCGUACCAGCAGUGGCUAUUGCACCAUAACGCGGCUGACGAGACGCUGCCGGGCCUUAACCAUACCAAUAAACAGCUGUUCUUCCUGAACUUCGCUCAGGUAUGGUGCGGUGCUAUGCGACCAGAAGCAAUGCGAAAUAAACUAAAGACAGCCGUCCACUCUCCAGGCAGAUUCAGAGUUAUCGGAACUUUGUCCAACUCCCUGGACUUUGCGAGGGAAUUCCAGUGUCCACCCGGGUCCCCUAUGAAUCCUGUAAACAAAUGCAGCGUCUGGUAACCACUAACCGUAGAUUCAUAAACAGAGUAAACUUUUUUUUAAAAGUAUAUUAGCCAUGCUAAUCAUGACUAAUACUCCUUUCCCCUCCAAUUAAGCGUAAAGCUUGUGCCGGAGUGGGUACGACAAUAGUACAACGGGUGGGGUUUGAACCGCCAACCUUUCGGAAUUCAGUGCGCUCCUCAACCGUUGAGCUAUCAAGGCUCUGGCGAAAUAUUUACAUAAUAACAUAGUGAGAAAGCUCUGUUUUCUGCGUUUGCAUUCUUUGUUGAAGAGAAACUUCGUCUUAUUAAAAUGGAUAUCCGCCUUGCUAAUUUUAUUUUAGUUAACGAUUAAUGCGUAAGUUGUUAUAUUUUUAUUUGUAAUGUUUUAUUUUUAGUUGUCAAUUAAUUUGUAAGAGUUUAUUCUGUAAAUAUAAAUUAAUUUUAAUUUG